AUUCCAUGUUGCUUAUGUGUUCAUCAAGAUGGGGAUAUCUCCCAGACCAGGAGUAUGGGCCCUGGAAAGAUCAACAGAUGGGGGGCAGACUUAUCGGCCCUGGCAGUACUUUGCAGACACCCCUGGUGAUUGUGUCCAGUACUUUGGAAAUGACUCACUACAACCCCUCACUAAAGAUGAUUCAGUCGUUUGUGAAACAAAAUUCUCUAAAGUUGUUCCCUUGGAAGGGGGGGAGAUUGUUGUGUCCCUGCUGAAUGACCGGCCUAGUGCAGAAGAUUUUAUCCAUUCAUCAGUACUUCAGGAAUGGACAAAGGCUACUAAUGUGAGGUUAAGGUUUAUUCGUACAAAGACGUUAUUGGGCCAUUUGAUGUCUGUUGUCAGACAAGAUCCCACUGUCACGAGAAGAUAUUUUUAUAGUAUCAAAGACAUCAACAUUGGUGGUCGAUGUGUGUGUAAUGGCCAUGCAGAAACCUGUGACUUGACUGACCCCAGUGACCCCUAUAAACUUUUGUGUCGAUGUCAACACAAUACCUGUGGUCCUCAGUGUGAACAAUGUUGUCCAGGUUUUGUACAAAAGAAAUGGAGACGUGCUCUUGUGGACAACCCCAAUGCUUGUGAACGCUGCAACUGUUUUGGACAUGCUAGAGGAUGUGUAUAUGAUGAAAAUAUUGACAAGUUAGGCCUCAGCCUUGACAUUCAUGGAAACUAUCGAGGAGGUGGUGUCUGCCAGAACUGUGAACACAACACGGAGGGAAUUAACUGUAACCGCUGCAAACCGGGGUUUUUCAGGCCUUACGACAAACCACUUAACGCGACAGAUGUCUGCCAACUGUGUCAAUGUGAUUUGACCUUUUCUACGGGAAACUGUGCUGAUGGUAAUGGUCAAUGUGAAUGUCGACCCGAGUUCCUUCCCCCUUACUGUGACCAGUGCAACAUAGGCUAUUAUGGAUAUCCCCAGUGUCGACCCUGUGACUGUAAUGUUAAUGGAACGGAAGGGAAUAUUUGUGAAGUUGGAGGUGGCCAGUGUCCAUGUAAGCCUAACUACACUGGCAAAAACUGUAACAAGUGUGCACAAGGAUAUUAUGGCUUUCCAGAUUGCUUACCAUGUGACUGUCAUGGUAUUGGUGCAACUAGUUCAGAAUGUGACGUAGAGACAGGACAGUGCUCCUGCCGCACUAACUAUGGUGGAAGACAAUGUUCUAUGUGUGAUGUUGGAUUUUAUAACUACCCAUUGUGUCAGUUAUGUUCCUGUGAUCCUAUUGGGAGUACUGAAGAUAUUUGUAACCAGACAACAGGUGAAUGUUUAUGUCACUCAGGGUUCGGAUUACCACGAUGUGACAUUUGUGCCCCGGGUUACUUUGGAUUUCCAGACUGUAUUGAAUGUGGCUGCGAUGAACAAGGAUCUGUUAGUUCCGUCUGUGAUUCUACAGGUAAAUGUCGGUGUCUAGUGAACUUCAGUGGAAAGAAAUGUGACCAGUGUUCUCCUGGGUACUACAACUAUCCUGAAUGUCUAGCUUGUAACUGUGAUGUGGCUGGAUCUCAAGGGGUGUCUUGUAAAGAUGAUGGCCAGUGUUUCUGUCGAUCGAAUUUUGAUGGUGAAAAGUGUGGACAAUGUCGAGAGGGAUUUUACAACUAUCCUCGCUGUGAAGAGUGCAACUGUAAUCCAGCAGGAGUGUUGGCAACAUUUGGUGGUUGUGGAAGUUUAACUAGUGGAGAGUUAUGCGAGUGUAAAGAACGAGUCACGGGUCGAAUCUGUGACACGUGUCGACCUCUGUUUUGGAACUUGCAAGCAGGAAAUCCAGUGGGUUGUGAAGAGUGUGACUGCUAUGGACCUGGUACUAUUGGAGGUGCUAGUUUAUGUGAUGGAGUUAGUGGGCAGUGCAUAUGUAAACCCAACGUUAUCUCUCGUCAGUGUCAGGAAUGUAAGGAUGGAAGUUACCGUUUGGAGGAAGAUAACCUUUUUGGUUGUCAAGAUUGCCAGUGUGACAUUGGAGGUUCAGAGAACAAUGUGUGUGACAAAAACACUGGAAAGUGUGCCUGCCGUCCUCGGAUCAACGGUCGACGCUGUGACAAACCACUACAAACCCAUUAUUUUCCAAGUCUUCAUCAGUUACAGUACGAACUUGAAGAUGGACGAACCCCAUCAGACACUCCCGUUAGGUUUGGUUACGACCAGUCACAAUUUGGAGAUUACUCAUGGAGGGGAUACGCUAUCUUUUCAGACAUUCAGAAGGAAAUUCUGUUGCGUAUAUAUGUUGAAAAAUCUAGCCUGUAUCAUGUUUUGUUUCGAUACCAUAAUUUUGGUGGAGAGAACAUUUAUGGUUUUGUGAAAUUCACACCAGAAGCGUCUGGAGAGACGGAACAGAGUAGUGAUGUUGUCUUCAAGUCCACUGAUGAGCCUAAGUUUGUCUUGGUUUCUGGUAAGCAGGGUCUUAUUGCUUCACCAUUCGUUUUGAAUCCAGGCAGAUGGACAGUAUCCAUUAAAGUAGAAAAACCUCUCUUUGUGGUAA